GGGGCUGGCUUGCGGAAUCUCGGCAAUACGUGCUACCUCAACUCGGUCCUGCAAUGCCUGACGUACACGGAGCCCUUCGUGGCGUACCUGCAGAGCGGCAAGCACACGUCGUCGUCAUGCCGAGCAGCUGGAUUUUGUGCACUGUGUGCUCUCCAGAACCAUGUUAGAUGUGCCCUACAGUCAACUGGGAAGAUAUUGACACCGGUGCAGUUUGUGAAGAACUUAAAAUGCAUUUCUCGUAGUUUUCGUUACUAUAGGCAGGAAGAUGCACACGAGCUAAUGGUCAACUUACUUGAGUCCAUGCACAAAUGCUGUUUACCUUCGGGUAUACCAAGUCAGUCUCCGAGUGCUUAUGAGAACAGUCUAGUUCACAGAAUAUUUGGUGGCCGCUUAAGAAGUCAGGUGAGAUGUGCAAGUUGCUCCCACUGUUCCAGCAAAUUCGAUCCUUUCCUGGAUCUCAGUCUGGAAAUUGCUAAUGCUGCUACAUUGCUGAAAGCACUUCAAAAUUUUACUGAAGAAGAGGCUUUAGAUGGCGGGGAGAAGCAGUACAAUUGCCAGAGCUGCAAGAAAAAAGUUGUGGCCAAGAAAAGAUUUACAAUUGAUAAGGCUCCUGAUGUAUUGACAAUUCAUCUGAAGCGUUUUAGUCCUUUUAACCCUGGUCAAAAGAUCAACAAAAAAGUGGAUUUUCAGUCAACUUUGAACUUGAAGCCAUUUGUCAGUAAUUCAGAAGGCAUGGAUUUCAGAUACAGUCUUUAUGGUGUGUUGGUUCAUGCUGGCUGGAAUACACAAUCAGGUCACUAUUAUUGCUUUGUUCGGACUUCUAGUGGGAUUUGGCACAAUCUUGAUGAUAACGAGGUUUGCCAAGUUCGUGAGGCAGAUGUAUUGAGGCAGAAAGCCUAUAUGUUAUUCUAUGUGCGUGACAGGGUGAGGAGCUCAGUGAUGUUCAAAAAUAAUGGUGCUACUGGUUCGUUAGUUAAGAAUGCUAUUUCUGAGAAGACCGCUAAUAUGAAUGGCACAAUUCAAAACGGUUUAAUGGAAGCAAAAUUGAAUGUUCCCUCAUUUACCAAUGGAGAUGUUAAGUCGCAGAAGCAGAACCCAGAUGAUGGUCGUCCUAGCAUUUUUGGCAGCAGCUCACAAGGCCAGUGUUCAAAAUAUUCUAGCAGUACUGGAGUUAUUGAAGCCGCAGCUGUCCAAAACAAUGGUGUCCAAAACAAUGGUAUGGUUUCAGUACAGACAGCUGCUGCUACCUUGUCCAUCAACACAACCAAGACAACUUCAGAUAGUGAAAGGGAGAUAGUUUCAUCAGCACAGCCUGAUGUUAUUGUUCCUCAUAAUUCAAGCUGUGACCUGAAGGCGUAUGAGAAGCCAUUGCAAGAACAGCAACCUGAGUCCGAUGGUGCAUUUACUGAUUCAGGUAAAGGCAGUACUGCUGCCUUGCCCAUAUGCAAUGGCAGUGAUGGGAUGUUGGAAGAAAAUCACCAGGCUUCUGAACCUCGAACAGAUCCAUGUGGUGAACAAACUCUCAAUACAAGUAAGCCAGCGGAAAGUGCAGAAAUAAAGAAAACCAAGGAUAUGAUGCUUUCUGUUUCUAAUGGAACAAUGUCCAGUAGAGAAGAUUUAACCUGCUGUAAUGAAGCUAAAGAGUCAGCAGAGUCUGGGAAGGAACCUGAUAAAAUAGCUAUGGAGGAGCUUUCUGUGGAGAACACAGGUGCUAUAACAAAUGCAGUGGAGCAGACUUCAGUCCAGACUAAUACAGUAGAGGUUGGCCAGGCUACGGUGGAGGAACUUUCUGUGAAGGACGCCGACAGUAUUGCAAAUGCACAGGAGCAGGCUUCUAUGCAGAACAAUGAUCUGGUAGCUGGGCAGGCUCACCCUGAGACACACUUCUAUUCUGAAGUUUCCGCACGGGCACUCUGCCCUGAAAUUUCCGCACAGGCGAUCUGCCCUGAAAUUUCUCCACGGGCGAUUUGCCCUGAAGUUUCUCCACGGGUGACCUGCCCUGAAGUUUCUGCACAUGCGAUCUGCCCUGAAGUUUCUGCACAGAUGAUCUGCCCUGAAUUGUCUGUACAGGCGAUCUGCCCUGAAGUUUCUUCACAGGCGGUCUGCCCUGAAGUUUCUCCACAGGCGAUCUGCCCUGAAGUGUCCGCACAGGCGGUCUGCCCUGAAGCUUCUGCUCAGGUGAUCUGCCCUGAAGACCCUGCACAAGUGUUGGACAAGGAUCCAUGCCAUGGUAAUUUACAUACAAUGAAGGAUUUGAAGUCCAAGAAGCAUAAGGAUUAUUCAACUGUGCACUUGCUUUUUGUGUCCAAGCAACCUUUACUUGCUGCACUAAAACUGCACAAGAAAAGGAAACACAAAAGAGCUAAAAGGCAGUCCAUUGACAAUGGAAUCAUCGCCGAUGAUCAGCAGACAUCAACAUCAGAAACUGUUUUUACCAAGGACAUAUCAUGUAAAUCCCAUAGAAGACGCAAACGCUCCCGCGCCGCUGCAAGUUCAGAUAAUGGUGUUGAGAUAUCCACGAAGAAACCACAUCUCGCUGAACGCCCCAGCAGUGCUGCUGACCUUCCCGUGGACAAGAAAGACGACAAGGAUGCAACACUUGCUAGUGCCGAGCUACCAGGUGCAUGCGUAAGCUCUGUUGCGGACCAGAUUGAUUCAAGAAACAGUGCACAUGCAAACGAGGGAGUCCCCCGGCAUUUCGAUCUCCUCACAAGGGGUUUGAGAGAAAUCCCUGUUCCACUGUGGGAUGACAUUGACAUGUCAGAUAGGAAGGCAACAGAGUUUCAAUAUCCGAGAAGGACCGACAGUAUUGGUUAUGUGCUAGAUGAAUGGGACGAGGGGUAUGACCGUGGGAAAAGGAAGAAGGUGAGGAAGCCACGUGAGGAGCCGAACGGACCGAACCCGUUCCAAGAGGCGGCCGAUGUCAGAGCACGGCCGAGGAAGAGACCGAGAUCCGACCAGGCCAGAUGGGGAAACCAGCCUCGCAGGAUAUGACAAAUCGGAGCAGCAGACGAUGUUGUUGUAUCUAUCACCCAGUUUUGCAGUGAUUGUUUUUCAUUUAUUCUUGUUUUGCUUCCCUUGGUGUACGUUACACUAGUUGUUUUUCCUCCAGUGUUUUCCCCCAUCCUUCGUGUGUUAUGUAAGAGCCCUGACAGAUAUUCGAAGCAUAUUGUUCGUUUUCUGAGUGAUCA